AUCCCAGGACCCUGGGAUUAUGACCUGACCCGAAGGCAGACGCUUAACUGACUGAGCCACCCAGGGUCUUGGACCUCACUCUGAUAACCAUUGCUGCAUGUAUGGUUAUGCAGGUGUGUUUUGUGUCUAUCAGAGAAUCUUGUGCUCUAGAAGCACCAGUGUGACUCACUGCUGACUUCUCCCCUGGGAAGCCCAGGGUACUAGGUGAUGGCGGCUUUGCACCUGUCUGCCCUGCCCCAGGUGAGCAUCCAUUUUUCCUGAGAGGUCUGAAAUCUCCACAUAGGGCUUCCCUGCCUGCUCUGCCUUAGCAGACACUGUCAGGCAUCUUGGUCUGGGGUACUGAGCAGAGGAGGGGUGACCCUAGGACUCCCCCAGCCUUCCUGAGUUACUGGCUUAGUGACCAGGGGCUCAGGCCACUCCCCUGGGCCUUGCUGGGGGAUCAUGCCUGUAGUCACCUCUGUGCUGCUUUUCCUAGUAUGGUUCUGUUGCUCCCACCCCCCCUGGGCCCACCCUAAGCCACACGUGGGCUUGGAGCAGCCCCUGUCAUUCCAGGCUGAGGUGACCUUUGAGGACGUGGCCGUGCUAUUCUCCCGGGAGGAGUGGGGCCGUCUGGGCCCUGCUCAGAGGGGCCUCUACAGGGACGUGAUGCUGGAGACCUACAGGAAUCUGGUCUCCCUGGGAGCUGGACCUGCAGGUCCCAAGCCUGGGGUGAUCACACAGUUGGAGCGAGGGGAUGAGCCGUGGGUCCUGGAUACACAGGGCGCCAAGGGGAAAGAGCGACUGAGAGUCAGUGUCUCAGGUCAUGAGACCAGGACUGAGUACAAGGAAUUGUCUUCAGGGGAGAUGCUUGAUGGGGAAGAACUGGAUCAACUCCAGAGGGCUGUUCCCCAGGGACCUGAUCCUGGAGAGAUCCAUGCAUGUGUCUGGGAGCCAGAGGAGAGCCUGGACAAGCUUGUGGAGCAGAGAGGCCUGAGGCCAGUCACACUGACUAAUGAGGAUAGUGUCCAGGAGUCUGGGGGAAGCCUCAGGUUUCGGUCAAGCCCUAUCUCUGAUCAGAGACCUCACAAAUGCGAUAUAUGUGAACAAAGUUUCGAACAGAGAUCAUACCUCAAUAACCAUAAGCGUGUGCACAGGUCAAAAAAGACAAAUAUAGUCCAUGAUUCUGGGGAAUUCUUUAGUGCAAAUUUAGUUGUUAAAGAAGAUCAGAAAAUUCCUCUAGGGAAAAAAUUACAUUAUUGUGGUUACUGUGGGAAAGCCUUCAGGUACAGUGCUAACCUUGUCAAACACCAGCGGCUUCAUAGUGAAGAGAAGCCCUACAAGUGUGACGAGUGUGGGAAAGCCUUCAGCCAGAGCUGUGAGUUCAUCAAUCACCGAAGAAUGCACUCAGGGGAGAUCCCCUACCGAUGUGGUGAGUGUGGGAAGACAUUCAACCAGAGGCCCAACCUCAUGAAACAUCAGAGGAUUCACACCGGGGAGAAGCCCUAUAAGUGUGGUGACUGUGGGAAACACUUCAGUGCCUAUUCUUCCCUUAUUUAUCACCAGAGAAUCCACACUGGAGAGAAACCCUAUAAGUGCAACGACUGUGGGAAAGCCUUCAGUGACGGCUCAAUCCUUAUCCGACAUCGUCGGACCCACACUGGGGAGAAGCCGUUCGAGUGUAAAGAAUGUGGCAAAGGCUUUACCCAAAGUUCUAACCUUAUCCAGCAUCAGAGAAUUCACACUGGGGAGAAACCCUAUAAAUGUAAUGAAUGUGAGAAAGCCUUCAUCCAAAAAACCAAACUUGUCGAACAUCAGAGAAGCCACACUGGAGAGAAGCCCUAUGAAUGUAACGACUGUGGCAAAGUCUUCAGCCAGAGCACACACCUUAUCCAGCAUCAGAGGAUCCACACAGGAGAGAAGCCGUACAAGUGCAGUGAGUGUGGGAAGGCCUUCCACAACAGUUCCAGACUCAUCCACCACCAGAGGUCGCACCAUGGAGAGAAGCCGUACAAAUGCAGUGAUUGCAAGAAAGCCUUUAGCCAGGGUACUUACCUCAUCCAGCACCGGAGAAUCCACACUGGCGAGAAGCCCUACAAGUGCAGCAAGUGUGGGAAGGCCUUCCGACACAGCUCCAACAUGUGCCAGCAUCAGAGGAUUCACCUCCGGGAAGACUUCUCGAGGUGACCGUGCAGGAGGGCCCAUGAGUUCCGCCGUGCACGUCCCCCACACGACCCACCCCACCCCUUUAUUUAUUGUCCACACAGCGUUGUUAGAGAUGAGGGCAGUUCUAAUUAAAAACAAACAAACAAAACUCGUUUCUUAAACCAAAAGCAGUGCAUGUUCAUUUUGGAGAAAUUGAGGGAGGUAAGCAAAAAGAAGUUGUCCCCCACUUAGAAAAAUAGUCCAUCACUGCUGAUUUAGUAUAAGCUUCCUUUCACACAUAGUUAAGAGCAUUUUUAAAAGAAAGUGCUGUGUGCUUGUCAUUGCAGCACAUAGGACCUUUCACCUUUGCUCUUUCCUCGGUCCUGGAGACUCACACUGGGAAGAAUUCUACAUAUCCACAUAGUUUUACAUACUGUAAAUUUAAAAGAUUAACAAGUCACGCUUUUCUGUGUGUCUUUAUGAUAGACUUGGUAAUUGCCAUUUUUAUUGUGGUAAAGUAAUACGUAACAUAAAAUUUAGUAUUUUAACCAUUUUAGGUGUAUACUUCAGUGGCAUUAAAUGCAUUCACAAUGUUGUAUAGCCGUCACCACUGUUUUAUUAUCUGAAACGCAGUCUGUACCCCUUAAACAACAACUCUCCUUUCCCCCUUUUUCUCAUUCUCUGUUCUGUUUUCUAUCUAUGAAUUUGCCUACUCUAGGUUUCUGACAAGUGGAAUAGUACAAUAUUUGCCCUUUAUACCUGGCUUAUUUCACUUUGCAUAAUGUCCUCAAGGUUCAUCCAUUUUGUAACCUGUAUCAAAAUGUCAUUCUUUUUUAGGGCUGAAAAAAAAUGACCUUGUUUGUAGAUACCGUGUUUUGUUUAUCCACUCAUCUGUUGGUGGGCACUUGGAUGUUUCUGCCUUUUUCUGUUGUGCAUACUGCUGCCGUGAGUGUGUGUACAAGUAUCUUUUUGGAUCCUUUUAGGGAUUGGGGGGGAGAGAGUGCAUGAGCAGUGGUUGGGGCUAGGGGCAGAGAGAGAGAGAGAGAGAGAGAAUCUUAAGCAGGCUCCACACCCAGCAGAGUCCAAUGUGGGGCUCGAUCUCACCAUCCCAACGUCAUGAUAAGAGCUGAAAUCAAGAGUUGGAUGCUUAACCAACUGAGCCACCCAGGCGCCCUUCGGAUCCUUACUUUCAGUACUUCUGGGUAUAAUUCUGGGAGUGAAAUUCCUGGAUCAUAUGUUAACUCUAUGUUUAACUUUUUGAGGAAUGGCCAAAAUUUCCACAGUGACUGUACAAUUUUACAUUCCCACCAGCAAUGACUAGAGGGUUCUAAUUUCCCUACAUC